AUGGAAAAUUACAAUCAGACCUGUACCGACUUCAUCCUACUGGGUCUGUUCCCCCCAUCAAGCCUUGGAUUUUUCCUCUUCACUCUCAUCAUCCUCACCUUCCUAAUGGCCCUGGCUGGCAAUCUGUGCAUGGUCCUGCUCAUCCUGCUGAACACUCAGCUCCACACACCCAUGUACUUCCUGCUCAGCCAGCUCUCCUUCAUGGACCUCAUUUACAUCUGCACCACUGUCCCCAAGAUGGCUUCCAGUUUCUUCUUUGGAAACAAGUCCAUUUCCUUCAUUGGGUGUGGGGUUCAGAGUUUCUUCUUCGCAACUUUAGCAGGUUCAGAAGGACUGCUCCUGAUGUCUAUGUCCUAUGACCGUUACAUGGCUAUUUGCUUCCCUCUGCACUACUCCAUCCACAUGAACAGAAGAGUGUGUGUGCUGAUGAUCCUGGGGUCCUGGGCAAUGGGUGUUGUCAACUCCUGUGCUCACACAGUCUAUGUCCUCCGUAUGCCCUACUGCCAGUCCAGGGCCAUCAAUCAUUUCUUCUGUGAUAUCCCAGCCAUGUUGACUCUGGCCUGUGGGGACACCUGGGUCUAUGAGUACAUUGUGUUCUUCAGCACCAUCAUCUUUGUCCUAUUACCUUUCAUGGUCAUUGUGGGUUCCUAUGGGAAGGUGCUCCUUGCUGUGUACCACAUGCGCUCACGGGAAGGCAGGAAGAAGGCCUAUUCCACCUGUAGUGCCCACCUCACUGUGGUAACUUUCUACUAUGUACCCUUCGCUUACACUUAUCUCCGCCCAAAGUCAUUCCGGUCUCCAGCAGAGGACAAGGUGGUGGCUGUCUUCUACACCAUCCUCACCCCAGUACUUAACCCUGUGAUCUACAGCCUGAGGAACAAGGAGGUGGUGGGGGCCCUGAGAAGAGUGACCAGGAAGUUCUGCUUUACAACAGUCUAG